CCCCCCUCUCUCGUCCUGCAUUCACAUCCAAGGUCAACUGUGAUGUGACCAUGCAACGAAUAUCUCUCCUCGUUCUCGCCGUCCUCGACGCGACGUACGCAGCCAGUCCCUAUGUCAUGAAUUGGUCCUCCAAGGCCUACGGGCCCGAUGGCCCAUGGCAAGCAGUGAUGGUGGAGGUUGGCAGCAAUAAACAACCGGUGGCAUUGUACCCUGGUGCCACUUACACCACCACCAUCCUCACAGAUUCCAUCUGCACCAACAAGACCGUCUCCGCCACGUGUUAUGCUUCACAAGCCGGAACGUAUAACGAAACCGCAUCGACCUCAGCCCACCUUCUAAGCAAGACUUCCUGGGAAACACUGUACUGGGCGGUGGAAGGCAAAGGCAUUGAAGAAGAUCUUGGGGAUCAAAUCUCGUUCGGCCCGACCGUCCCCAACGUCAGCAUUCAGGCCAUCGACCAGACCUACCAGACCUAUCCGAAUGGCAAGGCUUACCCAGUGCAAGUGGGAAACCUGGCCCUGGGAGCCCCGUGGUCGACCGCGACCGUCGACAAUGUCACCCUGAACAUGAUCACCCCGUGGCUUUAUAACUCCGGAGGGGACAAUGCCAUCCCUUCGUACUCGUACGGCAUGCACAUCGGAUCCGUCAACCCAGCGAUCCCAGCCUCCCUGGUCCUGGGCGGGUACGAUCAGAGCCGUGUCAUCGGCGACGUCAGUGCACAGUCGGUCACCAGCACAAGCGGCACAUUGCAGAUCUCCCUGAAAGACAUUAGCCUCGGGUUAAUCGGAAACAAUACACCAGCCGGUUUCACGAGCCAGGAGGGCUUAUUCCAGCAAAGUGAGGGAGAAUCCGCGGCCGAAGUGGUCACGAUCGACCCCACCAAGCCCUACAUGUACCUCCCGGAGGCGACCUGCAAUGCGAUCACCGCAUCGCUCCCGGUUGCCUUCAACCAAAGCCUGGGCCUGUAUUUCUGGGACACCAGCAGCAGCAACUACGCCAAUCUCACCUCCUCCGCGACUUACCUCUCCUUCACCUUCAGCCUCAAUAACGCCAGCAGCCACAAUAUUACAAUCAAAAUUCCCCUCGCGCAGCUCGCCCUGACGCUGCAAGAACCACUGGUGGAACAGAACCAGACCUACUUCCCCUGCUUCCUCUCGACAGAUACCCCCGUCCUGGGCCGGGCCUUCUUACAGUCCGCCUUCGUUGGCGUCAACUACCACGAAGGCGCCAACGCCGGCACCUGGUUCCUCGCGCAAGCGCCGGGUCCUUCCGUCUCGGACGCAGUUAUCACGACCAUCGCCGUUCCGGACAAGUCGAUCGCCGGCACCAACGCCUCGUGGGAGGCCAGCUGGGCCGAAUACUUCCAUCUCGACACCACCACUACGUCUCGAAACUCCACGGCCGCCAGCGGAAGUGGUGGUCUCAGUGCUGGGGCGAAAGCGGGCAUCGGCGUCGGAGUCGGGGUCGGGAGUGCGUUGGUCAUCGCCGCGGCGGUGCUGUGGAUGGUGCGGCGGAAACGGCGCCAACGCCAGAAUGCAGGCGAGAAGCGAAAACCCGGGGAGGGAGGAUUUGUGGAAUUGCCUGCGCGCGUGACGGAAGGGCCGCCGAGGGAGUUGGACACGAAGAAACAGGUGCAGGCGCGCGAGUUGGCAGGGGCGGAGCCGCCGCGGUAUGAGCUGGAGUAGGCGGCACUGGGUUGAGCUGGUCUAUGGGACCAUGAUUGGUGUUAUGUAAUGAUAUGAAGACAUCAAGAAUGAGAGACGGUUGGAUGACCAAUUUGUUGCUGCAUUACUGGUGGAUUCAGGUUCUUGGUUCGUGAGAAAGACAGCAAAGCAUGCGAAUCUGUUUUUGAACGUCCAAUUGACUCAAGACACUCAUCUUUGAACCAUCGCAGAGGUCAAGAGGGUGGUAAGAAUUGUCUGACGGAUGGCAAAGGCAGCGCUCUAGCCUCCAUAAUGACUUCGGCGGUGACCUUUUACUUCUUGGUCCCUGCUUCAACAGACAAUGCACUGGAAUACAU